UCGGUCAUUUUAUACUUGACAGUUGAAUUUUGUACACAAAUUGAAAUAAUUACUUCUUUACAAUGUUUAUUGGUUACAAGCAGGUUAUUGUAGGUUUUAUUUUAUAUUUUAAUAUUAUUAGCUGUACACCUUUAUUUAAACUCAGUCAUAUCAUACAACUAGUGAAUAGCAUUCCAAAUCACUCAUGGAAGGCCGGAAUAAAUUUCCAUCCAAGUUUUUUGACUAACGUUUCACUUUCACAUCUCAUGGGAGUUCUACCAUGGAAUGAACUAAGUGAAAAAGACACUCUUCAUACAUACGAUUUAUCCAUUGAUUCUCAACCUCUGCCGGAUAGUUAUGAUGUCACACAAACAUGGUCUGAAUGUAAAUCGGUUGCUUCAAUCAGAGACCAAUCAAAUUGCAUCUUCGGAUCUUGUUGGGCCCUAUCAACCGCUUCUGCAUUUAGUGACCGUCUAUGUAUCACCUCGAACAUGAAUAUCAAUACAGUCUUAUCUGGCGAGUAUAUAAAUUCGUGUUGCGAUGGUAAAUGUGGUAACGGAUGUAACGGCGGGCAUCCAGAAAAAGCAUGGAAGUACAUAAAGAAAAACGGGUUAUGCACAGGAGGUGAAUACAAUUCUAAUGAGGGAUGUCAGCCUUAUAGCAUAUUUCCUUGUCCAAGAAAUUCGAACUCCUGCUCAAAGGAAAAUGAAGAAACUCCCCAAUGUUUUAAAAAUCAGUGUACUAAUUCUAACUAUGAUAUUCCAUUAUCAUCAGAUCUGUACUAUGCUACUAAAGUGUAUUCUGUUAAACCAAAACCGGAAAUAAUUAUGAAUGAUAUAUAUAAAAAUGGACCUGUUGUUGCUGCAAUGAAAGUCUAUGAAGAUUUUAUAUACUAUAAAGGAGGGAUAUAUCAGUAUACGACUGGUGGAUUCAAAGGCGAUCACGCUGUUAAAAUAAUGGGAUGGGGUGAAGACGACGGAAUAGAUUACUGGUUAUGCGCUAAUACAUGGGGUACUUCUUGGGGAAUGGGAGGCAUGUUUAAAAUCCGAAGAGGCAGAAAUGAAUGCGGAAUUGAAAACCGUAUAACUGGUGGAUUACCGAAAGUGUAAAAAUGAAUUAAGAUGAUUAAAUGUUCGAUAAAUAAUUAUUGCUAA